GAAAGAAUUUCCUAACGAGUUGGAAUCUGACGCAUAUAUUUGCCUUCAACAAUAGGAAUUACUUAUCCAAAAUGUCAGAAUUUUGGAAAGGUGAUCGACUGGUGGAGAGAAAAUGAAUCCCCGGAGUCCGAUUCAGCCGUACUUGAGUAAUUCUCUAGCAAUACGACAAGAAAUACAACGCUUUGAAAGUGUACAUCCGAGCAUCUAUGCUAUCUAUGAUCUGAUCGAGGCCAUUCCAGACCCAUUAAUCCAGCAGCAAAUUCGGGAACAUGUCGUGUGCAUAGAGGAUUCCUUUGUGAACAGCCAAGAAUGGACAUUAAGCAGGGGUGUCCCAGAUUUGAAAUUGGGUAUUUUGGGGAGUGUUCAAAGUGGAAAGUCAGCCCUGGUCCAUCGGUACCUGACUGGCUCAUAUAUGCAAGAGGAGUCACCUGAAGGUGGCCGUUUCAAGAAGGAGGUAAUGAUUGAUGGCCAAAGUUAUCUCCUCUUGAUUCGGGACGAAGGUGGGGCCCCUGAGAUGCAGUUUACCCAGUGGGUGGAUGCUGUGAUAUUUGUAUUCAGCUUGGAGAAUGAGAUCAGCUUCCAAGCUGUGUACAGCUACUAUGCCAAAAUGGCACACUACAGAAAUACAGCAGAGAUUCCCCUGAUACUGGUCGGGACACAAGAUGCAAUAAGCGAGAGUAACCCACGGCUCAUAGAUGACACUCGCGCCAGGAAGUUAGCCUCAGACCUGAAACGCUGCUCAUACUACGAGACCUGUGCUACCUAUGGCCUCAAUGUGGAGAGGGUCUUCCAGGAUGCCUGCCAGAAGAUCUCCCAGAUGAGAUACCCAUCUUUACCUCUCCCAGUCAGCACUGUGCCCACCACCCCAACACCUAACCACUCCCAGCGCUCCUACUACAUGACCCAGUCAUCUGUCAAGGGCUAUGACUCCCACAGUACCAGUAGCCAGUCCACCUCCAGCUCUGGAACCCUGGUCACAGGCACCAGUGCCAGUCAGGCACCUCCGGUACCAUCUAAAGACACUAUGCCAAAGGAUAAAGACCGAGACUCCAAAACUGAUAAAGCUGAGCGCAAGAUGAAGGAUAAGCAACAGUCCCAGUCGCAGCUACAGACAACCCCACAACAGCUUACCGUAGACCAGGACCAACAGGAUAGUUUACAGGAUUUUAGGAGUGUGACAACUUACCCUGUCAUCACUCCUCAGUCUUCACGCAAAGCCAAGCGAACUUCUGCUGUUCAUAAAUCCAAUUCUUUUAGUGGAGCAACAGAAUAUCGAGAUCUACCAACACCUAAUAGCACGCCAUUAUUUGGCCGGAAAAACAAAUCCAAUCACAGCACUGAGAAAACCGACCGUAACUAUUUGACGGAAAUUCAAGAAAAUAGCCUGUUUACCCCCUUACUGACUAGAAUGACUCGUGUGAGGUCCAGCUUAGUGCUAGAUAAACCCGAUGGUAAAGACUUGCCAACCCCAAGCAGUACACCAACACAGAAUAGGAAAAACCGCCGGCGCUCAAAUCUCUUCAAUCCAAAGAAAGGGGAGGAUGAGAAGAAAGUGGAGAAUGAGAAGUUGGGAAGUGGAAGAGUUAUUCCCUUGAAACAGGGAUACUUGCACAAGAAAAGUCAUGGACUAAAUAAAGACUGGAAGAAGAAGUAUGUGACAUUACUUGAUGAUGGCAGAUUGAUGUAUCAUCCUAGUCUACAUGACUACAUGGAUGAUGUCCAUGCAAAGGAGAUUAAUCUUGUACGGACCACGGUGAAAAUCCCAGGGUUACGGCCUAAAGGAUCGCGGAUCCCUAGCACAGGAGGGGGGCCUGCUAAUGGUGUCACAACAGAAGCCAACAACACGGGCAUGACAGGUAAAAGUGGUAAGGAGAAGGAGAAUGUGAUGCUGACAGCAUUUGAUGCGCUGAGGGAUGGCCAGCAGAGGGUUCCCAGUGUGGAGGAUGCUAUUGUGAUCUCAAACUCCUCCAUCACACCAGGAAUUCCCAAUGGCCUGGAUAACUCUUUUGAUAAAAAAGGUGUGAAUAGUGCCAAGAUAGAAACUCCCAACGUUAAGAAACGCCAUAGAAGAGCCAAAAGUGGGGGACUGAAAAACAUUGAUACAGCUGCAGGGGAAGACUCUGAUGGAUAUGAGUUUAUUAUUGUAUCGCUGGACAACAAACAGUGGCAUUUUGAAGCUCAGAGCAACGAGGAGCGAGAUGAUUGGGUCCAAAUGAUCGAACAGCAAAUCUUAUCGAGUUUACAGGCUAAUGAAAGUAGUAAAUCAAAAAGUCGAAGUAAUACGCUUACAGAUCCGGCUGGUGUGCAAGCCAUAAGAAAUGUGCGGGGGAACAACACUUGUGUAGAUUGUGGAGCUCCCAACCCUGACUGGGCCAGUAUAAACUUAGGUGCUUUACUAUGUAUAGAAUGCUCAGGAAUACAUAGAAAUCUUGGUACGCAUUUGACAAGAGUACGCUCCCUUGAUUUGGAUGAAUGGCCACCUGACCUCGUGGCAGUAAUGACUUCAAUAGGAAACAGUAUUGCCAACAGUGUGUGGGAGGCGAACACAAAAGGAAGAACGAAACCUAAUCCAGCAUCACCAAGAGAAGAGAAAGAGCGGUGGGUGAGAACAAAGUAUGAUCAGAAGGAGUUUUUACCACCACCUCCCUAUGUAGAUAUACCCCUGAACCAGCAAUUAAUAGAUGCUCUCGUGCGAGAAGAUAUAAGAAAUAUAAUCCUUUUACUGGCCCAUGCCUGUCCUGACGAUAUUAAUGCUCCGUACAACAAAGAUGAUGGCAGGACAGCCUUGCACAUAGCUGCAGCGUUGGGCAAUGUGGUGUUUGUUCAACUUUUACUGUGGUAUUCUGCCAAUGUGAAAGUUCUAGACCAUGAAGGAAGGAAUGCAUUGUGGUAUGCAAAGAGCUCUGGAGCAACAGACUGUAUGGACAUGCUAGUAAACCAUGGCUGUCCUGAGAACCCCACUCUACCCCGCAGGAGAGGAAGUUCACAGCCAGCACCCGGCAAAAAUGAUGUCUUUGAAAAACUUCCUGCUAGCGUGAUCUAGACAUUGUAUUCAUUUGAUGUACCAAGCAUCAAUCUGAGGGCAUUGUGUGUAUUUGCUCUGCUGGAUCCAGUCAUGCGAACACUCACUGCUUCCAUGUUGUUAAUAGUCCCAUAGCCUAAGCAUGUGUGUCGGUUCAACCAAAAACUGUUCUCAAUAGAUGUCAGGAUGAUAUUCUCAAUGGAUGAAGGAUUCCCUGCUGUGGUGAAAUUUCACUGUAGUGAACAGUUACUCUGAUAUACAAUAAUGGUCAGCAAUAUGUGUAUGCUGAGACAUCUGAUCAAAUCUCACCCACAGUGGAAUCAUACUGAGUCACUGAUUGGUGUGUUUUAGGUCAAGGGCAAGAUGUACAUUUAAUGGAACAUCUCCAAUAAACAAGUAUGUACAUGUACAUGCAGCUGCUCUAGGAGCUUUCCCCCCCAGUUGUGCUGAGCUGUUGCUUAUAAUACUGAAUCUCAGUCGCCAUCAUUUCUGUGGUUAAAUACACUGAAUUGUAGACAUGUCAAAUCUGCACUAUAAGCUGUAUAUCAGCCGAUAAUAUGUGGGAAUUUAUUGACAGAUUUUACCAUGGCAUGUCAUGGCAUUUCUUGGUCAAAAGGAGAACAGAUUUAAGAUGUACUGUGGGUAAUACUUAAGAAUGAUUAUUAUUUAUUGGAAAAUACUUUACCAUACCUCAUGACCCUUCACAGUAAGACUCAGCAUGCUUCUUCUGUGGUGCUUUGUUAUAUGAGACAUCAAUGAAUUAAAGUGUAUUUCAUUAUUUUCUUGACCAUCUUUUCAUGAAAUUCAUCUGUGUAUUAUUGAACAGAGUGUUUUUGUUGUGGGCAAAUUGUUUUGACCCAGGGGAAUGUGGAAUAUUCAGUGCUGGAAAAACGUAUGCAGUAAAUGAUGCAAUUGUAUAGACUGUAUUAAGGUCACACCUCUGACAGUACAAUUAGCACAGUCGAUGGUGAUACCAUAGCCUCACUCUGCGCUUGUUGAAGGGCAGCCUGUUUGGGUUAGCAAACCUCCUCUGAACCAGUAUUAUAUUCUCUAAGAAUCUCUCCUCGCCUACACCAGGUUCAGAGAUCAGUCAGUUCAAAGCUGAACUACAUAGAUGAUGCCUUGAAACUAUACAAUCUUGUGUUACAUUCAGCACUUCCAUGCAGAGCAGGCGAUGCUUGAUGAGUUUCUCCGCUUCAAUGGAUCCAUGGGUGGGCUUGUUAUAGUGUUCCAGUGCUAUUACACCAUACAUGAUCAGUUUUCUUCAUGAUAAUGCCCGUUGUUACAUACACCUGGUUUUUACCCAUUAACACCUCAUUGUUCCUUUUGCUGAUAUAAUUUUCUUGUAAGUGGGACCUAUAUUUAGGAUCAAAGUUUACUUCCGCACAAUUUUGCAUGCCUUCUCAAAGAUAGAUUUAAUUUGUGGGAGUGAUUGCUGGCAUUAUACUUACAUACAUUGCUUGUAUAUAUUCUCAUUCUUCAUCUCAUCUGUACAGCUUCUCAUUGUAUACCUGUUAGAUUGUCUUCAGUUUGUAACCCUUACAUGUACCUGGUACUCUGCUAGCCAUUACAAACCUGUUAUCCUUGAGUUAUCUGUAUUGCUGUCCUGCUCAUUGUGUUGUCAGCAUGUAGGAAUAGAAUUAGCCAGUGCUGAUGCUAACAACGAGCCUACUACCUGCAGAUCCAGUGUGUGUACUUGUUUAUGUGUCAUUUAGUAUCUUCAUGUGCAGCUCCAGUGAUGUACAGCCACCAGGUGUGAUCUAAACACUGAUUGGGCUUUCUGCAUCUUGGGUGCAAUCUGGCCAAAAUGUUUACAGCCUCACAUUUUUCUUUAAUUAAACUCAUGUAUUUAUUUGAGGUACACAUAUGCUGUUUUCACUUUAGAGAGUGGUACUUGUAUCUCCAUGUUGUUUAUGAUUUCGUAUUAAGUUAUUGUCAUGUACAUUGUAAAGAUGAUUAUUGCACAGCAACAUUCAUUGUACAUGUACAAGUUCUAUUAAUUGGCAAUAUGACUCCUGAUUAGUAUAUGAUAUUGAUAAGUUAGCAUUUACAUCAGCUCAGUGAUCGAAUUUCUAUUGAAUUGCUAUGUACAUGUAUGUAGGUUAAUAUACAUAGGAUAUAUAUUAAAGUCAGAAAACUACUCUUCGCAUUGUUUCAUCCGCUUGUGUCAAAUUAACAAGGACACAAACUAUAGCUUAGGAUCAUUUACAUGCACUGCAUGUACAUGUGUCAUUUGCAAAUAAUUUAGACCAAUAACAUUUCUCACCUUCCAUUUAUUGAUGUUCUUCAUCACAUGUAAAGAGACAUAAGCUUGAUAAUCCCAGAGCAUAUCUCUGCUUAAAAGAAAAUCAGCAGCAUCUGUUGGAUCACCACUUCCCUGUACAUGUAGGUUAUGAUUGUGCCAAAACAGAAUACCUAUUUUGCUGAAUAUUCUUUGUAGAUCAGAUCACUAAAUAUUUUCCACCUGAUGUAUCAAUUAAAUUACCGCAAAAGAAAUAAACAUACAGCAGAGUGCAAAUUUUCAGGUGCUCAGUCAUUGAUUGGUUUCCAGCCAGAAGCGCUUUGUGCAGAGUGAUUAAGACUCCAUUGUCAGUAGAAUGUGUAUUGGAGAAAAAAGACCAUAAAACCAGAUUCUGUAACACUGGUCACAAUAUGCAUGAAAAGUGUUUUUAGCAGCUGAAAAAUUUACACAUUUUAAGUCAAUGAAGGAGUUUGCUUUGAACUGUUUUAGUUGAGCUGUUAUCAGCUGGAACCAGUUUUUGUUUUAGCAAUGAAUUUCUCAUCAGGUUUGUCAUUGGAUGUAGAUAUUCUGUACAUUUUAAAUUUGCUGUUGUACAAAGACCUCAAUUGAGCAUCACAGUAAAAACUGCCUCA